AAUGUAUUUAUAUCUUUAUUCCUUUCUGUCUGUUUGCGGUUUUGAUCUUCCAUACUUAGUAUGCCAGUCAGCGACACCGUGUCACAGUUCGACAGGAGUUAACAACGAUAACAACUAUGUUGGUAGCACGUCCGAGGAAAUGUUUCCCGAGAACAAUUGGAGUCCUUCUCCUGUUAGCACUGGUGAUCUGUUGGGCUACCAUGGUGACGUGGUCCGCCAAGGAACUCCGACCGCCGCUCCGCGGUGAUAAGUUUGUAUUGAGCAAAGCGCCAUUUAGAAAUCUCACUUCUCAGAAAUACGUGGUCCCUGGUAAAAUUAAGCACAUCGACAAAGAAAAAAAGCCUGUCAAUCCACGCAGGUUUUCCUCCAUAAUUAAAGAUUUCGGCAUUUCCUUAUAUAAGGAUACAGAUCCAAGCCGUUUCCAUAUCAACGUCAACAGAACUCACAAGAUUUCAGUGAAUCGUGAGAAACCGGAUUAUCGUCAUCGUGAGUGCGCAUUUGAAAACUAUGCUAUCAAGUUACUUCCGACGGCGUCCAUUGUUAUACCACUCCAUAACGAACCAUGGUCCACAUUCGAGAGACUUAUAAACGGCAUUCUCAAGCACUCGCCCCGAUUGCUCAUACACGAAAUCAUUAUAAUAGACGAUAUGAGUGAUUUGGAACAUUUGGGAGCCCCCUUGGAUAAGUAUGUGGAACAGUACGAUUUCAUACGGGUACACAGAGCACAUGAAAGACUGGGAACAAUGAAAUCUAGAGUCGUUGGUGCCAAGCUGGCCAAAGGGGACGUGUUGGUUUUCCUUGAUUCUCAUACUGAGGUUAACAUUGGAUGGUUGGAACCCCUAAUGCACGAAAUAGGUCAAAAUCGCACGGCAAUCGUCCAGCCGUCCAUUGACAUCGUUGACCCGCAAACUUUUGAAUACAGAAGUUACUUCCGGAACAAUAUCCGGGGUCAUUUUAAAUGGAGUAUGGCGUUCGAAUUUGUUCCGGUUCCACCAAUGCAAAAAUCUAAAAUUGAAUCGCAACCUACUAAAGCAUUCGACACCCCUGCCAUUGUAGGAUGUGCAUUUGCAGUAAACCGGAAGUACUUUAUUGAUGUCGGAGGACUGGACACGGGCAUGCGCACAUGGGGCGGGGAAGAUGUUGAGCUCUCCAUUAGAGUUUGGCUUUGUGGCGGAAGUAUGAAAAUAGCGCCAUGCUCUCACGUUGCCCACAUUUUCAAAAAAGGACACCCGUUCAAAAUGGCUUACUCCGAUCUUGUUUACAACAAUAGACGAACAGCAGAGAUGUGGCUUGGGGAUUACAGGAAAUACUUCUAUUCUUUCAACGAUGGAUUUGCCAAACCGCCAGGGUCUUCAGAAAGGUUCGAUAUAAUGGAUACAGUCAAAAGGAAUUACAAAUGUAAAGACUUCAACUGGCUUCUGAAAAAUGUAUACCCGGAACUAGAAGUUCCACCGGAAGGAACUGUAUAUUUUGGACACAUGCGCAACACGGGUUCCAUGAAUUGUUUUGGGCCUGAAGAAUCUGCUGUUCUUAAUACAUACCCUUUACUAGUUUCGUGUGAUUGUUUCUUUUACUAUCAGGCCAGAUGUGUCGCCUUGCUGGAAAAUGGUGGUUUAAUGACGGUUGGGAAAUGCAUCAAAGUCGAAAAGGAUCUUUUAGUUGUGGCGCCGUGCACGGCUGAAAGUGGAAAGUGGGCCUUGAAAGGGAAGUUACUCGUGUAUACUGACGGUGUAAGUUCUAAAUGUGCCUCGCAAGUUUCUAAUGACGUUGGUUCCGGGAAGAAGGAUGUCAUCAAACUCGUGCCAUGUGAAAAUACCAACAAAAUGUUCGAAUGGGAAUUCCCUUCCAAAUUGUUUAAAAGUCAGAAAAACAUAAAGUAGUAAAACACACGAUUGACCAAUACUUUAAAUUUCUAUUAUAUUUACAUAUAUGACUAUCAUCAACAUUAUACUAUGCAUUAUAUGAUAUAUAUAAACAAGAUUUUCUAGCUGAUAUAUCAUUUCUGCUCGUUUAUAAAAGAAGAGUAUAACCCUUGAACAAGAACAAGGAGCAAUCUUUAAAAAAAAAAUUAAAAAAAUCUGGACGAUAUUUUCAGAGAUAGUUCGCACUGUAUAUUAAUUUAGUCUUCGCUUGAAACGCGAAACUUGUUUCCUGUACCUAUUUAUUUAAGAUUCCGUUAGGAAGGUGUUUUCUCUAUACGUUAACUCGUUUUUGAAUAAACGAAAACAAUUUUCACGGUUUCUAUUGAGAUUUGUCAAUGAUAUUAUACUAUAUCAAAAUAACCCUGCACUUUGCGUUAAUUGAAAAAAUGUAAUUGGUAUGAUCGACUAUUUCAGAAUAACCGAAGACUUAUCAACGCAAACAUGUUGAUAUUUUCUUGUCUCUUUUUUGUGUUACUCUUUUUGAAGGGAGAUUUAUUCCACAGUAAGGUAACAUACAGCCUUAAUAUAAAUGGUCCAAUGUCAGACACGGGUACAUGUAGUCACAGAGCGAAGGAACAGACAUACAACCUUAAUUAAUGUCACAUAUCGCAUAUAAUUUCUUUCCUAAAAGAGUUAAUGAAAUUAUAUUUACCGACGUCAUAAUCGAUGCCCUACUUGAAAAGUACAUAAAUUAACAAAUGAUCGAAUUUUGAUAAAAAAAAAAAAAAAAAAGUUAAAUGAAGGAUUAUUGUACCGCUGCCAAUAACUUUGAAAGUUAUAAGUGGCAUGGAAACCGCUUUAAAAUUCCUUUCUGAAAAGAGACGCACAUAUAUUUCGGAACUCGCACUGUCGUUCUUACUCACUGAUCUACACAUACGUGAUCAGCAGCAGUUUCCUGAUCCAGUCUCGCUUCAGUUAUAUCUAAAACGAAAUUAAGGGGGGAUUACUAUAGUUUGAAAUAUCAGUGGUUUAUCUGCAGUGGGACAGGGCUGCUUAAGAGGAAUUCCUCGCAUCAAUCAUAUCUAGGUAGCGUGUAAAUGUACCCUUAAUAUCCAAAUAACCUCACAACCUAUAUACUCAAAUCCCAAAUUUACAUGCAACUUAAAAUGAACAUGAAACAUAUUUGAGGUAGAGUUUGAAUAGAAAUUCAUGUACGUGCUUCAAUGUGAAUAUAUAGGGUACCCAGUCGGCUCUCUCUCUAUAUAUAUAUUAUGUCGGGUCCAUGUGUCACCAAACAAACCUUUAGUUUCGGGUUCCUGUGUUACAAAGACCAUAUUCAGCGGAAUUGUGUGACGUCACCUGUUAGGCUAGCCCGAGUUUUCUCUGGCCCUAACACCAGACUUAGACAUUUUGACAUAUAUGUCUGGUGUGGGCCAGAGCGCACUACUUUAUUAAAACGUGGAAUUCUCAGACACUGUUUGGUCUCGGAGAGUUAUGAGGUGCUGACAACAAAAAU